CAGAAUUUCUGCUUCCAUUUUGUGCCUGUGUAGCUGUCUGGACAGAGCAGCUAACCUCAGCUGCAGCCCUUGUGUGGAUACUACAACAGAUUGAGAAUUAUGGCAUUGACAACUCGUUUGACAUGGUUGCAAGAAAAGCUACUGCAAAAUUAUUUUGGAGGAAAGAAAUUUAGCCUUCUCUAUAAGGCUAGUGUCCAUGGAUUCUCUACAGUAGAGUUGCUUGAAAGAUGCCUUAAUGAAGGACCUACUAUGACAGUGAUUUAUAGUGGAGAUAAUGUUAUGGGAGUAUAUACACAAGAAAGUUACCAAGAAAGAAAGGAAGUUUCCAUCAUUCUUUUUGUACUUCAAGAUACUAAUAUUUCAAAAUGCAAAAUGCGUCUUCUUAUACCAUGGAAAUCAGAUCAUUCUGGUAUAUUACAGAGUUGUAAAGGUGAACUUUUGAUAAAUUUUGAAAGAAAAAAUGUGAACCUGGCCUCCAAGAUAAUUGAAAACCUUGGACUACCUCAAAAUAAUCCUAUUUCCAUUCAGGAAUAUGAAGUUUUCCGUUGUGAAGAUUUACUGGAUGGAAGAAAGAUAGAAGGGGUCACUGUGCUCAGGAACAGUUUAUUGUGUACUCUGAGAACUUACAAGCCAUAUGGAGACCUAGUUCCCCAAGUACGAAUUCUGCUGCUGGGUCCAACUGGAGCUGGGAAGUCUAGCUUUUUCAACUCAGUGAAGUCUGUUUUCCGAGGCCAUGUAACAUGUCAGGCUUUGGUGGGCUCUGAUACUAGUGGGAUAUCUAAGAAGUACAGGACAUACUCUAUUAAGGAUGGGAGAGAUGGCAACUUCCUGCCAUUUAUUCUGUGUGACACACUGGGGCUGGGUGAGGAAGAAGAAGGCCUGUGCAUAGGGGAUGUAUCCUGCAUCUUAAAAGGCCACAUUUCUGACAGAUACCAGUUUGAUUCCAUGAAACCAAUCACAUCAGGUCAUCAAAACUAUAUUGGCUCUCCAUUGGUGAAGGACAGAAUCCAUUGUGUGGUGUUUGUGUUUGAUGCCAACUCUGUUGAACAUCUCUCUCCUGAGAUAGUGGUAAAGAUCAAAAGUAUUCGAAGGGAGGUGAUAAAGUGUGGUAUAGUACACGUGGCUUUGCUCACUCAUGUGGAUAGCAUGGAUCUGAUUACAAAAGGUGACCUUAUAGAAACAGACAGAUGUGUGCCUAUCAAGUUAAAGCUGAAGGCAGUCCAAAGAGAAUUUGGAUUUGCUCUUUCUGACAUCUUGGUGGUUAGCAAUUAUACCUCCGAGUGGGAGCUGGACCCAGUAAAGGAUGUUUUAAUCCUCUCUGCACUGAGACAGAUGCUGUGGGCCGCAGAUGACUUCUUAGAAGAUUUGCCUCCUACGGAAGAAGGGAUCGGAGAAUUCAAACAAGAAAAUAAAUAGAAAAUAUAUAUAUGAAACCUUCACAUAUUAAUAAUUUUCAUCUCAUCACAGAAGAGUGACAUUGAGAAAGGAGAAAACAGAAAAAAUAGAAGUAAUGGAGACUGAAGAAGUGUACCUUGUUUAUGCCUAGGAUGGAGACACACAUACCAAAUCAUAGUACCUGUAAAUAACUGGGAACAGCAGCAAAGUCACAAUUGUGAAAAACCAUAAUAAUUUCUCUUGAAUUUAUAUUCUGUAUCUGUGAAAAGACAAAGUUUCUUAUAAAACCUGGGUUUAAUGUGUGUGUGUGUGAGAAAGAGAGAGAGAGA